AUGGGUUUUGAUAGGUUAUUAAUGUUCUUUGCCCUCAUAUUCUGUGUAUCUGCUCAAUUAUAUGUCUUGGAUGCGAAUGCAUUGUUUAAUACUAAAUACGAUAGAUCAAUCACAGUAAAUGCCGGCGACAGGGUAUUUAUCGGUGAACACAUCAAUGAUGCAAACGAAUCACCGAGUUAUUAUGUCAAUAUUAGUGAUGCUCACACAUCGAAGAAAACGUAUAAACAACAAGUAGUAUCAGCUAUAGAAGAAAUGUUAGAAAUGAAUAAAAAUGAGACGGUGUUUGAAUUACGAACACACCAUGCUAAUAAUCACUUGCAAGCGAAUGGUAAAUACAGAAAAGAUUCAGAAGAAGAGCAGGGCAUGUUUAAGUCUGCAAUCAAGUAUGGUGCAAGGGUUGCAAGUGAGGUCAUAACCCUAUUUUUGUCUAAUGCAUUUUCCGGACGCACACUGACACAUCUCACUCACAAAGUUAACCAAUAUAAGCGUGGCACUGAAUGUUUAGUGGUGACUAAACCACUUCCUCUUGGUAGGACAGGAAUGUUUGGGGCAUGCAUGACUGGGGGUAAACGAUGUAAUACACAGAAAGCCGAGGAACAGAUAGACAAGGCAGCUACAUGGGCUAGCAACAGUGUCGACAAGUUUCUUUUUAAAACUGCUUUUCGAAUAGCGUUUUUAAACGACGUGUCAUGGAAUAUUUGCAUAAAGGUUGUAAGAAACGAAGAUUAUGACUCAUAUGGAGAGGUAUUAGAGACACUUGAAGAAAUGAGCUGUCCAAAAGGUUACUGUCAGGGUGACGCAUUUGACGAAUUACCAAUAAAACAUUCUGAGCUAUAA